UUUCCUUCACUGUAAAUCGUUCAAAGUACUUCUAGGGUUUAAGAACUACUGAGCCAUCCAUCAUCUGUGGCAAUGGAAGAUUCUAACACAAUGAUUGACGAGGUGUACGAGUUUUCUGCGCCUAGGUAUUUCGAUUUCAUCAAAGGCGAAUCCGUUGAAGAGAGGGGAAGAGCGGAGCUCUGGUUCGAUACCGCUCUGAGCUAUGCACCAUCACCUUUCAUGCCGAGAAUCAAGACUGGUAGAUCUGUUCACAUUGAAACCCUCUGCAACUUCGGCGAUGCAGAACAACCGCAGAAGGCUUCAGGAUCAUCGGAAACCUCAACUGCCUCCCAUACAACGGAAGCUGCUAGUUUGGCACCAGUAGAAAAUACUAACAGGCUUGAAUCCGAGUUGGUCUCUUUGGAAUCGACAAAGGAAGAGGAAAACAGAACAAAUCCCAUUGAUGAGGUCUCUCUUUCUAAGCAGCCCUCUGAAGACCCAUGCAUUCAACAGAAAGAAAGUGUUUUGGCCGCUAGUGUUGAGUCUUCAAUUGUGGAGACUGUGAAAGCUACUGUGGAGGCUACUUCCUCUGAGGUCUCUGUCAUUCCAAGUAGAUGCCACAAUUCAGGUACAGGAACUUGUACACCCAAACCGCAGAUAAUCUCCAGGAAGGAAGAAACAGCAACUACCAAUUCAAUGAAGAACCAAAAAGCUAAGAAGAUAGCUAGUCUAGUAAAAAACCCAUCUGCUCUAAAGCCCAAAAAUCGUUCUGAAUUGUCCAAAGCUAAGAGUGGAAAACCAACGAGUGGUGAAAGUAUGAAAACUGCAAAGAAUGCAGUUGCAGCUCCAGACUUUGCCCAAGAAAACCAAGCAAUUAAGAAACAGAAGCUUGACGGUGGAAGAACAAGACAGAUUCUGAAUAUCAAAACCCAUAAUUUGCCCCACAAGUCAAGACCUGCUCCAAAUGGUGGUGGUUUCAAUUUAUUCUCUUCAACUACGAAGACUUGCAAAGAGGAUAGAAAGGUUUAUGUUCGAGAACCAGCUGUUCCAUUUGUUUCAAUGGCAGAAAUGGUUAAGAAGUUCCAGUCCAAGACUAGAGAGAUUGAGCUGACACAUGGCAACAACUUGCUUUCACAUGAUUCCGCUGCUUCAAUUGCACAAAGGAAGCCAAGGCUUACUCUGACUAGGCCCAAGGAACCUGAAUUCGAAACAGCAAAUCGCCUUCGUCCUCUCAGGGUGAAGAGCACUGCUGAGCUUGAAGAGGAGAUGAUGGCAAAAAUCCCAAAGUUUAAGGCCCGGCCAUUAAACAAGAAGAUGUUUGAAGCUCCAACGCUGCCUGGAUUGCCAAGAAGAGUCCCCCAGCAACCAGAAUUUCAGGAAUUUCAUUUGAAGACAAUGGAGAGGGCAAACCAGCAUGCUGAAACAUCAUCAGUUGUUUCCACGACUGAAUCCUCUUGUCAGAAUCAAGGGAAACCAUAUAAUAAGCUAACCGAACCUAGAACGCCUCGUCUUGAGACAUUACUCCGAGCUCGUCCGCCCAAGGUUAAGAGUUCACAGGAAUUAGAGCAAGAGGAGCUUGACAAGAUGCCUAAAUUUAAGGCUCGGCCACUCAACAAGAAGAUAUUUGAGAGCAAAGGGGAACUAGGAAUGUUCUGCAAUACAAAGCGCAAUGUCACAAAGCCUCAAGAGUUCCAUUUUGCCACAGAUGAAAGGAUUCCACCUCAAACUUCAGUUGCUGAUCUGUUUGACAAGCUUUCUUUGAAUUCAGACCCUCGUCAUGAUUAUCAAAUUCCAAGGGUCACCACACCAAAUCCUUUCCAUCUCCACACAGAGGAACGGGGUGAAGAGAAAGAGAAGAAAUUUUUACUGGAAGUGUUACAGAAACAGUGGGAGGAGGAGAAAGCAAGGGUUCCAAAGGCUACACCAUAUCCUUAUACAACUGACUACCCAGUGGUGCCACCAAAGCCUGAGCCUAAAAAAUGCACAGAGCCAGAACCUUUCCAAUUGGAGAGUGUUGUGAGGCAUGAAGAUGAAGUGCAGAGGGAAUUGGAAGAAAGGCGGAGAAAGGAGAAGGAAGAGGCUCAAAUGAGAAUCUUCAAGGCACAACCAAUCUUGAAAGAGGACCCAAUUCCAGUUCCUGAGAAGGCAAGGAAACCCCUCACACAGGUUCAGGAGUUUGAACUCCAAGUUGAUCACCGGGCUAUAGAAAGAUCAGAGUUUGAUAAAAAGAUUAAGGAGAAGGAAAUGAAGUACAAGAGGUACAGGGAAGAGCAUGAAGCUGCUACGAUGAUGGAGGAAGAGAAGGCACUGAAGCAGUUGAGGAGGACAAUGGUUCCUCAUGCAAGGCCGCUACCCAAUUUUAACAACCCCUUCCUUCCACAGAGGUCAGGUAAGGAGACAACAAUAGCCAAGUCCCCUAACCUCCGAGUUCUCCAGAGAAAAGAGAGGAAGAAGAUGGUGUUGAGUGCAGCUGUGUCAAGUGCAGCUUCAAACAUGAGAUGAUGUUGAUUAAAAAAAACUGUAUAAAAACUAGCUGUUCAAAGUCUCUUGAACCCCCAAUUGGUGUUGUAAUACCAUAGUGAUUCAUAUUAUUAGUCAUUAAUAAAUGUGUGUUUAGAUUCUUUG